UGGGACGAUUUCAGUUUUUUUUUUUUAAUUUAAAAUAAUCGAGAUCGUUUUGCUUCCUACAAACCGGCUUGGGUGCGAUUACUCACAGAACGUCCCCUUUGUCUGGACUUUAUCGUUUUGUCGCCAAAACUUUGUUUGGAAUUGACCAAUAAGACAGCAUUGGGAAAACACGUUUUUUCCAGAAGCCGUUGCUAACUCGAGCAUUGUGCAAAACCCCUGUGUAUUGUUGUUGCGUGUUUCAUUUAAUGCAAUUUUUGUAGCUCAUUUGGGCUGAAAUAUUACUUUCCCUGCUUUGAAAGUAAUAUCUGUUGAAUAGUGGACUUGCAGCCACGCGCAUUGCUUUCAAACAUUAGCUGACUACGUUACUGUAGCUAGCCAGGGCUAGCUCUUCACCACCUAGCUAGCUGCGUUAUCUUCACGCGCCGUGCUGGAGUUUUACUAAAAUGUCUGAUUUUGACGAGUUUGAGAGACAGUUGAGCGAAAACAAACACGAGAGGGACAAGGAGAACAAGCAUCACCGCCGCAGCGGCUCACGGAGCCGGAGCCGAGACCGGGAGAGGAAGAGGAGGAGCAGGGAUCGGGACCGGGAGAGGAGGGGUAGCCGGGAUCGCCAUGGCGACAGUAAAGACCGCAGACACAGACGCAGGUGCCGUUUGUUUAACGUGAUGCGGGGCACGCACCGGGCACAACGGGGUCGUUCUCCGCACCGCGAGAAAAAGAAGAAACAGAAGAAGUAUUGGGACGUCCCUCCCCCAGGCUUUGAACACAUUACACCCAUGCAGUACAAAGCCAUGCAAGCUGCUGGUCAGAUUCCAGCCACAGCUCUGCUGCCCACUAUGACCCCUGAUGGUUUGGCAGUGACGCCCACGCCCGUGCCCGUGGUUGGCAGUCAGAUGACACGCCAGGCCAGACGCCUUUAUGUUGGCAACAUCCCCUUUGGCAUCACAGAGGAGUCGAUGAUGGACUUCUUUAACGCUCAGAUGAGGCUGGGUGGACUUACACAGGCCCCGGGAAACCCGGUCCUCGCCGUGCAGAUUAAUCAGGACAAGAACUUUGCCUUCCUCGAGUUCCGUUCGGUGGAUGAGACGACCCAGGCCAUGGCGUUCGACGGCAUCAUCUUCCAGGGACAGAGCCUGAAAAUUCGCCGUCCACACGACUACCAGCCUCUGCCUGGCAUGAGUGAAAACCCCAGUGUAUAUGUCCCAGGCGUGGUCUCGACUGUCGUUCCCGACUCCGCCCAUAAACUCUUCAUCGGAGGCCUGCCCAAUUACCUCAAUGACGACCAGGUGAAAGAGCUGCUGACGUCGUUUGGGCCGUUGAAAGCCUUUAACCUGGUGAAGGACAGCGCCACGGGGCUGUCCAAAGGAUACGCCUUCUGUGAGUACGUGGACGUCAACAUCAGCGACCAGGCCAUUGCCGGGCUGAACGGCAUGCAGCUCGGAGACAAGAAAUUGCUGGUGCAGAGAGCCAGCGUCGGCUCAAAGAACACCUCACUGGUGAGAAACCGUACGGGUAUAAACCAGACCCCAGUGACGUUGCAGGUGCCGGGUUUGAACAGUUCGGUGACUCAGAUGGGAGGCCUGCCCACGGAGGUCCUGUGUCUGAUGAACAUGGUGUCUCCAGACGAGCUGAUCGACGAUGAGGAGUAUGAGGAGAUCGUGGAGGAUGUUAGGGAUGAGUGUAGUAAAUACGGGCAGGUGAAGAGCAUCGAGAUCCCCAGGCCCGUGGACGGGCUGGAGGUGCCCGGGACUGGGAAGAUCUUCGUGGAGUUCACGUCGGUGUUUGACUCUCAGAAGGCCAUGCAGGGUCUGACGGGGAGAAAGUUUGCCAACAGAGUGGUGGUGACCAAAUACUGCGACCCUGAUGCCUACCAUCGCCGGGACUUCUGGUAGACGGACGGACGGACGGACAGACGGCGGGAGAGAGAGAGAGGGAGGGAGAGAGAGAGAGAGAGAGAGAGAGAGAGAGAGAGAUUCAUGGUUACUUUGUUUGCAUGAGUUCUGAAUUCAUUACUUAGCUCCACACAGUCUUGAACUCGGAUUGGUUGAAAGUGUAUGGUGACAGCUCCCAACCGAGCUUACUAUUGGCUCAGAGAGCUGUCAGUCAUAUUUCUUUCACCCAAUCCAUUACCUACAAGGUCAGUUGUCACAGACGUUUCAGUGGACUACGGGGGCCUGGUUUUGAAUUCACACCUGUGUAAAAGUGAUGGGGUAGUUUGGAAAGGGUUAAGUUAAGGAAUAGAUGAUUUUACGAGAGGGGGGAGACAGAGACGGAUAGAAAGAUUGUCAUCUGGAUUAAAAAAAAAAAAAAAGAAAUCAAAACAGAUGCUGGGAGAGAGAAGAAAAGCACAGGGAAGGGAUAAGAGAUUGUUUUUCCUGGCA